AUGCAACCGUCCUUUGUCAUCCUCGCCGCCGGCGCCGGUGCCGCUCUCGCAGCCCCCAACCUCGCGCCGCGCCAAAACGCCUGCUUCGUCGUCGGCAACUCGGUCCUCCCGCAGGAGGUCUCGGACGCGGUCACCAACCUCGAGGCCAAGGUGACCUGCGACGCCUCCAAGAAGACCAUCUCGGGCGUCCCGGACGUCGACGCCGGCGGCGUCAAGUUCUCGUCCAUCAACUUCGCCGACUCGUCCCAGACGCCGCUCGCCUUCGCCCUCGACAAGUUCGCCACGAAGGAGCCCCUCGCGGACAACGACCUCGCCACGUUCCAGGGCGAGCUCGACGCCUACGUCGCCACCGAGGCCGGGAUCCGCUCCGUCGGCGGCAACCUCGCCAUCAAGGUGCCCAAGUUCUUCCUCGCCAUGCAGGUCUCGCGCAUCCAGACGGCCCAGGGGAACCCGCCCGCCGCCGCGGGCCAGCAGGUCGACCACCUGCGCGACAAGGUCAUCAAGAACGCGGGCAAGGAGGACAAGGCCCUGCUGGACCAGGUGACCGCGUUGGCCGCCAAGACCACCUGA